CUGGCAGCACUGGGGGCCUGCACUACAAAGCUUGGAGGCCAUCGGGCUGCACGGCGCACUUGUAGGACCCCCAGACUCGCCACACGGCGCACACCUCUCAUCUGGAGUGUGCCCGGAACAGCAUUAAGAGAGAUCUGAAUUCAAGUUCAGCAACUUCCUGAAUCCCCUCUGCUGGACAUGCUUGCUCUCUGACUCUGAGCAUUCUGGUGUGAAGGAGAGGAACCAAUGUGUUAUCAGGAUGCCUCCUGUUCUGCCACUGGAGUUCUCCAUUUCCACAAGACGUUUGAAGACUCUGACUGGAGCCCUGCUUCCUGCUCAGCCUAACCCAUUCCUGCUGGGGCUGUAGGCGUGGCCCUCUGGCUACACGUGUGUGCUUUUGAAUCGUCCUUGGCCCCCGUGUAUCUGCACACCAAAGAGGAUUUCUCUUCUGUGGCAAUUCCAGAAGGGACUGCAGUGCCCGACCCUGUGGCCCAGGCCCAGAAUCAGCCAUGGGAGCAUACGCCAUUGUUACCGACACCAACAUCUUGUCUGGCCUCCAGGGCAACACCACGGGCGUCACAGCCUUCUCCAUGCCUGCCUGGCAGCUGGCACUGUGGGCCACAGCCUACCUGGCUCUGGUGCUAGUGGCUGUAACAGGCAACGCCACAGUCAUCUGGAUCAUUCUGGCCCACGAGAGGAUGCGCACAGUCACCAACUAUUUCAUCAUCAACCUGGCCUUGGCAGACCUGUGUAUGGCAGCCUUCAACGCGACCUUCAACUUUGUCUACGCCAGUCACAACAUCUGGUACUUUGGCCGGGCCUUCUGCUAUUUCCAGAACCUCUUUCCCAUCACAGCCAUGUUCGUCAGCAUCUACUCCAUGACUGCCAUCGCAGCCGACAGGUACAUGGCCAUCGUCCACCCCUUCCGGCCACGGCUCUCGGCCCCCAGCACCAAGGCGGUUAUCGCUGGCAUCUGGCUGGUGGCCUUGGCUCUAGCCUCCCCACAGUGCUUCUACUCUGCCAUCACCGUAGACCAGGGGGCCACCAAGUGUGUGGUGGCCUGGCCCAAUGACAACGGAGGCAAGAUGCUCCUACUGUAUCACCUCGUGGUGUUUGUCCUCGUCUACUUCCUUCCUCUCGUGGUGAUGUUCGCGGCUUACAGUGUCAUUGGCCUCACACUGUGGAAACGCGCGGUCCCCAGACACCAGGCUCACGGCGCCAACCUGCGCCAUCUGCAGGCCAAGAAGAAGUUCGUGAAGGCCAUGGUACUGGUGGUGUUGACAUUCGCCAUCUGCUGGCUGCCCUACCACCUCUACUUCAUCCUGGGAACCUUCCAAGAAGAUAUCUACUACCACAAGUUUAUCCAGCAGGUCUACCUGGCGCUCUUCUGGCUGGCCAUGAGCUCCACCAUGUACAACCCCAUUAUUUACUGCUGCCUCAACCACAGGUUUCGCUCCGGAUUCCGGCUUGCUUUCCGGUGCUGCCCCUGGGUGACACCAACUGAGGAAGACAGGCUGGAGCUGACUCGCACUCCCUCCGUCUCCAGGAGAGUCAACAGGUGUCACACAAAAGAGACUUUGUUCAUGACUGGGGACAUGACCCACUCCGAGGCUACCAAUGGGCAGGUUGGGAGUCCCCAAGAUGAGGAGCCUGCUGGACCCUGAAGCCUUGAAGCUGUCUGCGGGACCCAGGCGUAAGCCCUUUGAGAAGCUGCCGAUGGAAAAGCCCUAAUGUAGUAACCUGUCACAUGAUGUGGUCUGGAGCUCUGGAGGCAAUGCUGACACAGAGCCCAGAGCACAGACACCCGUCACAUCACUAUUACAAAGACAAGAAUAUAAGCGUUCCCAGAGCGAGGAAGGGGUCAGGUAGACUGGGAGCAGCACUUGGCCAGCCUAGGAGCUGCAAGUGAAAUGUCUCCCUGGAGUAUAGAGAGAGGGGGGAGACCAGAUCCCAUCAAAGAAAACCGCAGUUGUAAUGAGCAAAAGCAGCUGAAGGGAUGGCGACAUGGCUCAGUGAGAUGGUAAGGGCCCUUGCUGCCAAGCCUGGGUACCUGAGUUCAAUUCCUGGAACACACAUGGAAGGAAAGAACCCAUUCCUGCAAGUUGUUCUCUGACCUGCCCAAGCGUGUGGAUGUGGGCAUCUGCACAUACAUGCAGGCACACACGCAUGUGUGCACAUAAUGGUAAAAGGAAAAAGGGGGGGCAAUAGCUCCAGUGUCGGGGUCGCAGGAACAGGUGGGGACCGUGGCAGCCUGCAGAGGGCGAGCACCCAAAGGGAAACUCAGCUGCUUCACUCCGGACCACAGUCGUCAGGUUCUCCGAAUAAAGCCUGAAAUUCAAAUUUAUAUAUGGAAGCUCCAGGCUCCUAAAUUUGUGUAAGCCAGGUGGAGAAGGCAGGGCACAACGCAACACGGCCUUGUCGCCAAAUACAAGACACAAAGGAGGACGUUCCCCAUUUGAAUGGUGGAUCCAGGGCUUGUCUGCCUCGGGAUCUAAAGACUCAAAUACAACCCAGAGUAGAGGAUGGGGAACAGUCCAGAGGAAGCUCAGCUGAGGCACUUUGGUAGGUCUUUUGGUAGGUCUCUCUGACCCCCUGUUUGAUGACAGAAUUGCCACGAGGCUCAGUGGACGUGUGCCCUACAAACCAGCAGGCCGCACUCAGCAGGCGCUCAAUAAAUAGCUACCCCGAUUCUUCACACUGUGCCAGCCGUUAAGGCACAAACGCCACCUACAAGUCAGGAACACGGCUCCCACUCACUUCUGCAGGGGGAGCACACUGACUGUCCCAGUUCUGAGAACACCCCAGGCCGCUCCAGGGUUGUACGUCUCCCUGCUUGGUGGUGACUCAUUCGCUGCCUAACCACUGCCCUCCAAAAACCAAAUA